AUGGCCUAUGUUAUAAGUUUGUGGGCUAUUCUCGCCGUCAACAGCCUGGCUGCGCUUGCUGCCGAGUCUGGCAAGCCUCUGGGCAGCAUGGCAGUCGACUUGUCUGAUUACGCAUAUGCAUGGACUCCAGCGGUUCCUGGGACUGUUCCUCUGGUCGGAGUCCCGGAUCGCCGAGCGGACCUUGACAAGCGAGCGUGCCUCUCGAAUGGCACCAACUUCUGCUUCGACGACGAGGAUAAUGAAACCAUCACUGUGACAAGCACAGCUUCAGUCACUGUCUCCCAUGUUGCUACACAGGUCGUGACCGUCUUCCAGAUUGUGGUGGACACGUCCACAAUUGUCUCAACAGUCUCGAUUACAGUCUCGAGCGCAGCCACUCAGACGGAUGUAACGUAUGUUACAACUACAGUUGUUGCGAGGAGAGCGGCUCCACUGGAUACGAUUCCUGGAAGACUGGAGCGCCAUAAAGCCCCUCAUCCAGCACAGGCGCCAGUCUCAAAACCUGAAUUAGCUCGUCGAGACGAGGGACCUACAGGAGACCUUGCCACUCCCAUCGCAUCAACGGGCGUGGUGACCUUGUUCGUCACCAAAACGAGCGAUACAAUUACAAAGGUGUUAGAUGCUCAUGUGACGGUCUCGAUUACCAGCAUAAUUUCAGUUACCUCGCAUGCACCAACGACCGAAUCAAGGACGGAAACCCCAAGCCCAGCCGUCGUCAUAUCUUCCGCCGUCUUCACGCCCUCCACAGGCCUCGGACCCCCCGCCCCUGCCCCAACCUCGGCCCUGAUCUCAUCGACGCCCGACCCCAGCGCCUCCCCAGCGACCACGCCGUCAAGCGGGGGCCUGUCGACCGGCGCCAUAGCCGGCAUCGCCGUGGGCUCCGCGCUAACCCUAGUCCUGGUUGCCAUAGCGUCCUUUCUCGUCUGCUUCCGCCGCCGCCGCCGGAGCCGCCGGGCCCACCAGGAUCUCGCCAGCUACCCGGACAUGGACACGCGGCGGCCGACCCUGCCCACGAUCUUCGACCCCACCGCCCCGCACCACGAAUAUUCCCACGACGACCACAUGUCCCCCCCGACCGACGAUCCAUACGCGGUAUCGCCGAUGAGCCCGGACAGCACCCUCGGCCACCACCGCCACGUCUCGGGCCAGACGCUAGUCGGCAGCGCACACAGGACGUCGACAGGCGGCGGCGCGGGCAAACCGGGCGCGACCAUGGACGACCGCCUCUCCCUCGCCAAGACGAGUCCCGUGCCCCACGGCGGCGGCGGCGGCGACACGCCCACGCCCCGCAUACCGGACCUGCCCGAGUUUCCCGAUACCCAACGGGCCGUCGAGGCGGACGGCAACGAGGUCGCCGAGCUGGACGCCGGCGGCGGCGGCGGUGGCGCCAACGAGUUGGACGCCGGCGGCGGCGGCGCGGUGGGCGUGCCGCACCGCCAGCAGCAGCAGCAGCAGCAUCGGAACUACCGCCAGGCGGGCUAUGGCCAGUCGUACGAGGGCGCCGAUGAGAUGGACGCCAGGGAACCCGCCGACGGGCCGGAACGGGCGGCGGCUUCGGAGCCUCGGAAUCCGUUUGGGCGUGGUUCAUACCCCAAUUUCUAA